UCAUUCCGUGACUUUCAAGCAGCCGUGAUUGCCGCUAUAUACUACUUACCAAAAAUACAUUUCCGCUUAUUCAAGAUGUCCAAGCUUAGCCUGAUCCUGCUUGCCACCGUCGCCCUGCUGGGCUGCUUUGUGGCCCAAGGAGCUGCUGGAACGCUGCCCGUGGAUAGUAGUGCCCGCCAGUACCAGAUCAAGGUGGUGAAGGAUAUUCGUGCCUUUGCCGCCCAGCAUCCGGGCGUGCAACUUCGCCGCAUGGAGAAGCAGACCCGCGUAGGCAGCCAGGUCGUGCGCUACAACAUGGGAGCCCGUAUUUCUGGUGACCAGUUGGUGGCCCAGGGAGCCGACACUUUUGAGUAUCCCCGAUCCCAGGAUGUGAGCAUGCAGCUCACCUACCCGGAACAAGGCUCGGGCGCCAUUGUGUCCUACGUGGAGAUCGUGUGCACCCAGGACUCCAGCGAUGGCAGUGCCUAUGUGGUUGCCGGAGGCAUUGGUCAGCGCUUGAUCUCUAUUGUGUUGGAGGCCAGCAGCACCCGUAACUUCUCCUACCAGGCUCAGUACUAUGGCCUGAAGGACUAAAACUAAGACAUAGAUUACCCAUGGCUCCAAUUUAAAACAUAUAUACGAACAUCUGUGACUCCUUAAUUAAGCAA